UGCAGCGAACGGUCACACUGGCGGGCAAUCAAUAAACUUUAUUUUCACAUCAGCCAGUUGGUUUUGUUGGUUCUUUUGUUUAAUUGCAGCUGAGCAAAUUACAUCAUUGCAUAGUUAAAAGCAGUGACAAAAGAACCACGCGACGCCCAUCCGCAUUUGUGAGUCACGAACAUGACCGAUCGUCGCCUGGAAUUGGAAAGCGAACGAUAUGCGACGUUCAUCGAGUGGCCAACAAAUGCGCCCGUCCAGGUUGAAGAUUUGGUGAAAAACGGUUUCUUUGCCACGGGCAAUUGGCUGGAGGCCGAAUGCAACUGGUGUCACAUACGCAUCGAUCACUGGGAGUACGGUGAUCAAGUGAGCGAGCGACAUCGUCGCGCCUCGCCCAUUUGCUCCAUGGUAUUGGCACCUAAUCAUUGUGGAAAUGUGCCCGUGGAGCCAGCAGUCGCCGCUGGACAGAGCAGCGACUGUGAGGGCAACAGCGUCGUGGACGGCGGCAGCACACAGCAGGUUCAAUGCGCUUGCCCGGAUUUGCUGAUCGAAGCGAAUCGUCUGGAAACGUUCAAGGAUUGGCCCAAUCCGAAUAUCACACCACAGGCUUUAGCCAAGGCGGGUUUCUAUUAUCUCAACCAAUCGGAUCAUGUGAGAUGCGUGUGGUGCAAGGGCGUCAUUGCCAAAUGGGAGAAGAACGACAAUGCCUUUGAGGAGCAUCGACGCUUCUUUCCCAAUUGUCCGCGUGUACAAAUGGGUCCGUUGAUUGAGUUCGCUGGCAAGGAUCUGGAGGAGCUGGGCAUACAGCCAACAAAGUUGCCGCAGCGCCCCCAAUUUGCCUGCAUGGAGGCGCGACUGCGCACGUUCAGCGACUGGCCCAUUACAAAUAUCCAGCCCGCUGAGCCACUGGCCCAGGCGGGCUUAUACUAUCAGAAGAUUGACGAUCAGGUGCGUUGCUUUCAUUGCAACAUUGGCUUGCGCUCCUGGCAGAAGGAGGAUGAACCCUGGCAAGAGCACGCCAAAUGGUCGCCAAAAUGCCAAUUUGUGCUGCUCGCCAAGGGACCACAGUAUGUGCAGCAGGUGCGCAAAGCGGCAGCAGCAGCCGCAUCGCCAACGGCUGCCACAGCGCCACAAUUACCCGUUAGCAUUGGCAGCGCCAUGUGCGCGCCGCCCGCCUGUGAGGCUCUGGCACUCGGCAUAGAUGUGGGCAUUGUGCGCAGCACCAUUGCCCGAAAGCUGUCCAGUUCGGGCUGUGCCUACGAUACGCUCGACGAUCUGUUGCAUGCCAUAUUUGAUGAUGCAGGCGGCACCAGUGCCGCACUGGAAGUUACCGAGCCAUCAGCGCCCAUUGACUGUUCGGCCACCACGAGUAAAGCGGCAGCACUGGAGCCACCCAAGCCAGCGGUGGUUGAAGCUGCUGCUGCAGUGGAGCCUGCUGCAGUGAACAGUUCAAGUCCCAAUGGCAAUCUGUCGCUCGAGGAGGAGAAUCGCCUGUUAAAGGAUGCGCGCCUGUGCAAGGUGUGUCUGGACGAGGAUGUCGGUAUUGUUUUCCUGCCCUGCGGACAUUUGGCCACCUGUAACAAUUGCGCGCCCAGCGUCUCCAAAUGUCCCAUGUGUCGUGCGGAUAUUAAAGGAUUUGUGCGCACCUUUCUCUCUUGAAGCAAUGUCCUUAAUUGAAAGACCCUAGCAUAAUUCAUGUCUACUAUGUACUUGUAACGCCCAAGCAACCGUUCGGGAUGGUGGUGGGCGUGGCUAUCAGCUAUCAGCUGUUUAUCGUUUGCUAACUGGUAGUUAACGCACUUGAAAUGUUCAUUGUUUCUGUGCAUCAAAUGUGUAAGCGUAUUGUGUGAGCUUUUAUUUAAAAGAAAUCAUCUCAACUGUUUAGAAUACCCUAGCAGCACAGCUAUGACUAACGGAACAUAUAUAGAUCGAAAUGGGCUUAUUGAUUUUAAAACAUUGAACCCUAUUAAAUAUUUACAAAUGUCACGAACAGCCAAAAUUCUAUUGUUAUUCUUAGACAUAGUUCGUUAGUUCGCCCAGUUUCUAUUUUCAUAUCAUUUACAAGCUAGUUGAAACAUAUACUUAACAUGCUGUUUGCCUGCAAGGGUAUUUAUAGAGUUCGGCUGCACGAAUUCACCACAGCUGUCUAUUUCUUGUUAAUCAUUGUGUUAUUAGUCCGCUGAUUUAUUGCAGUACACCAAAAUGGAACAACAAUAAUAAAUAAAUAUAUAUAUAAAUGUUAAA